AAACACUGAGCGGCCCCGCCCCCAGCGGCGCGCCUCGCCCGGCGUGUUGCUCGCCGCCCGCCAGCACCCGCGAGCCUGGAGCCUUAGCCUGCGAGGCGCACUCGUCCGAGUUGCGCCGCCCGCAACCUGGUUGCGGUGGGUGCCCCAGCAUGUAGUGGCGGCGGCCCAGUGGCUGACUACCCCCUCACCCCGCCGGGCUCCCCUGAGCGCCUCGGCCUCCUCGCGCCGCGCCGCGCUGCGAGAGCGGGCUUCUGAGAAGCGUGGCGAGGUCCCGGGCCUGCGGCGGUUCGGGGGCGAGAGCGGAGGUGGCAGUCCCGUGAGCCGCAGGAAUGGGCGCGGGAGCGCCGCCUGCAAGCGACGCGGAGAACUGUGGUCUCUUUCAGGAUUAGGAACCCAUGCCACGCUCACCUGCUCAACUGAGAAAGCAUUACCAUGCCAGGUAAAGGGAAAAGAAAAGGCCGAGGCAAGUCCCGUGGGAAAAAGCAGAAGAAACCGGAAGUGGACAUCCUCAGCCCCGCUGCGAUGCUGAACCUCUACUACAUCGUCCACAACGUCGCCGGCUGCCUGCACCUGUGCGGCUUCCGCUGGCCAGGCGCUACCAAGUCAAAGAAGGAGAAAAACAAGACUUAAGCCAGACGGUUUCCCAGCUUCUCUCUACUACAGAGGACAGAACUUGGGGCAGAGAAAUCAGGAUAAUACCACUGUUGCAAGCAAAAUAGACUUUACCGAAGACAAUUUGAGAUGCAAGCUAAGUGUGCUUUUCAGUGCUAGUUAAUGCUAAAUGCAUUUUACUUCCUCAGCUAAACCCGGGUAUGGUGAGCCACUUUGGUUUUUCAGAAGUUAAGAGGGGGAAAAAAAGUCCAAGUAAUUCCCACACAGUGGUGGAAUUGAUAGGAGUUUAAAAAAUUAUUAUAAGUCUGGGUCAGAAUUAAACCUUGCUCUCCAAAGGCAGUUCUAGCUUGCAUGAGUUGUUUUUCUUUUACCAAAGGGGGUGUGUUAUUUAGAGAAGACAAAAAGCACAGAAUUUGCUUAUAUGUGUCCCUCUUUUGGGCACUGUUUCCUUUCCUCAUCUUUUUCUGGAAAAAUAGUAAAUAU